AUGAAGGUCGAGUUUGCUCCCAUCAACAUUCCCCUGGCCAGGAGAAUUCAGACAGCUGCAGUGAUUCAGUGGCUCUUCUCCUUCCUCUUAUUAGCACAGUGUUGCUGGGGAGUCUUUAUUAUCUUGCUUUUGGGAAACUACUGGUUCCUACCUGUCCUCUAUGCACUGUGGCUCUAUCUUGAUUGGGAGACCCCCCAAACUGGAGGGAGAAGAUCAAAGUGGGUCAGAAACUGGACUGUUUGGAAGUACUUUACGGAUUACUUUCCAAUUCACCUCAUAAAAACGUCAGAUUUGGAUCCAAGCCAAAACUAUUUGUUUGGAUUUCACCCUCAUGGUAUUCUUGUUGCUGGAGCCUUUGGAAACUUUUGCACAGAAUAUACAGGUUUUAAAGAAUUAUUCCCUGGUUUUACUCCAUAUCUUCACAUCUUGCCCUUCUGGUUCGGAUGCCCUUUCUUCAGAGAUUAUGCUUUGAGUACUGGAGUGGUGUCGGCCUCCAAGAAGAGUGUGUCUCAUGUGCUGAACAAUGACAGAGGUGGAAACGUUGCAGUGAUUGUGAUUGGAGGAGCAGAAGAGUCUUUGGAUGCCCAUCCUGGAAGUUUAACUCUGAGUAUCCUCAAGAGGAGAGGUUUUAUUAAAAUGGCUUUGAAAUAUGGGGCUCACUUGGUUCCAGUAUUCUCUUUUGGCGAAAAUGAACUGUUUAAGCAAGUUGCAAACCCCAAAGGAUCGUGGCUCAGAACUUUACAGGAGAGCCUGAGGAAGAUAGUGGGCUUUACUUUACCACUGUUUCAUGCUAGAGGAAUAUUUCAGUACAGUUUUGGCUUGAUGCCUUAUAGGAAACCUAUUCACACUGUUGUGGGGAAACCUAUCACUGUAAAACAGAAUUUGAAUCCUACUCUUGAAGAGAUUGAGCAGCUGCAUCAAACAUACCUGCGAGAACUAAGUAAAUUAUUUGAAGACCACAAAGAAAAAUAUGGGAUACCAGACCAUGAAUCGCUCCUCUUUAAAUAA